AUGGCUGCGAAGCGCAAGGCGUCUGCCAUGGCCGCGACCCUGGACGACGAACCUGUGGAUCCAUCCGAUGAGCUUGCCUUUUACUGUCUAGGAGGUGGCAAUGAAGUCGGUCGUUCGUGUCACAUCAUACAAUACAAGGGCAAGACUGUUAUGCUCGACGCCGGUAUGCACCCUGCCAAAGAAGGAUUUGCAGCUUUGCCGUUCUUUGACGAGUUCGAUCUUAGCACCGUGGAUAUCCUUCUACUUAGCCAUUUCCACGUCGAUCAUUCAUCUGCACUUCCUUAUGUCCUAAGCAAGACUAAUUUCAAAGGCCGAGUCUUGACAACACAUGCGACAAAGGCCAUCUAUAAGUGGUUGAUCCAGGACAAUGUGCGAGUUAGCAAUACAUCCUCCUCAUCGGACCAAAGAACUUCCUUAUACACAGAACAUGACCAUCUUUCUACGCUCCCACUGAUUGAAACGAUCGACUUUUAUACCACCCAUACUAUCAACAGCAUCCGCGUCACGCCAUACCCCGCUGGACAUGUUCUCGGCGCUGCAAUGUUUCUUGUCUCGAUUGCCGGCCUCAAUAUUCUUUUCACUGGUGAUUAUUCCCGAGAAGAAGAUCGACAUUUGAUACCUGCAGAGGUUCCCAGAGGAAUCAAAAUUGAUGUCCUAAUUACGGAAUCGACCUUCGGUAUCUCAUCAAAUCCACCGCGCUUGGAGCGAGAGGCUGCUCUCAUGAAAUCCAUUACUGGUAUUCUCAAUCGAGGUGGUAGAGUGUUGAUGCCAGUGUUUGCCCUGGGUCGGGCGCAAGAACUUCUUCUAAUUCUGGAAGAAUACUGGGAGCGACACCCCGAGUUCCAAAAGAUCCCCAUUUACUACAUCGGAAAUAUGGCACGUCGAUGUAUGGUCGUCUACCAGACUUAUAUCGGGGCCAUGAACGACAAUAUAAAACGCCUCUUCAGACAAAGAAUGGCAGAGGCCGAGGCUAGUGGCAAUAAAAAUGUUGCUGCAGGACCUUGGGACUUCCGAUACGUGCGAAGCCUGAGAAGUCUUGAACGCUUUGAUGAUAUCGGCAGUUGUGUUAUGCUUGCUUCGCCGGGUAUGCUGCAAACCGGCACCAGCAGAGAACUUCUCGAACGGUGGGCACCUAGUGAACGCAACGGAGUAGUCAUGACCGGUUAUAGCGUCGAGGGAACCAUGGCCAAGCAGCUACUCAACGAACCAGAACAGAUUCCUGCGACUAUGUCAAAGUCUGCAGCUGGUCCUGGAAGUCGCGUCAAUCCAAUGGCGGAUGAAGACCAGAAAGUCAUGAUUCCGAGACGCUGCACAAUUGAUGAAAUUAGCUUCGCUGCACAUGUUGAUGGUGUUGAGAACAGAGAUUUCAUUGAACAAGUGGCAGCCCCAGUUGUGAUUCUCGUACAUGGCGAAAAACAUCAAAUGAUGCGUCUCAAAUCCAAACUACUGAGCUUGAACGUCGACAAGACAGUCAAAGUAAAGGUUUACACACCUGCCAACUGUGACGAGAUACGAAUCCCAUUCAGGAAAGACAAGAUUGCAAAAGUGGUAGGCAAACUUGCAGAAGAUGCACAGCUAACGGAAAAUGACGAAAGCAAACUCAUGGCGGGUGUUCUUGUCCAAAAUGGGUUCGAUUUGUCAUUAAUGGCUCCAGAAGAUUUACGCGAAUACGCUGGUCUGACUACGACGACGAUUACAUGCAAACAGCUUCUGACAUUGAGUUCUGCAAGUAUGGACCUUAUAAAGUGGGCAUUAGAAAGUGCUUUCGGUGUCAUUGAGAGAAUUGGUUCCAGUGGAGACAAAACACUAAAAAAUGAGAACGGGACUUACGAAGCAGCAGAUGAAGAGAUUGAGUACGCCCAAGAUGAAACAUAUUUGGUUAUGGGAAGCGUUGUUGUGAAAUACCUGGCUCGUACGAGAGAAAUUGAGCUUGAAUGGGAGGGUAAUAUGAUGAAUGACGGGGUUGCCGAUGCAGUCAUGGCGGUCCUGAUGACCGUCGAGAGCAGCCCGGCAUCUGUGAAGCAAUCCUGCAAGAAUAAACACCAUCACCACGACCACAAGGAAGAAUUAGACGAAAAGCACAUUCCAUCUCAGGGCCGAAUGAGCUCCCACGAACGCUUUGCUCAACUUCUCAUGAUUCUCGAAGCUCAGUUCGGCGACACCAUGACCCCAAUUGAAAAACCACGCCUAGUCUCAAAAUCAUCAACCAAAAAUGGAGCCACCACAGAAGGCGAUAAGGACGCAGAAGAAGAAGAGGAGGAAGAGGAGGAAGAAAGCCUCUCAGAAGAAGAGCUCGCACAAGCCGAAGCCGACGAACUUUCUAGACUACAUGCACUUGGAAUCCCAUUCCCUGGCGUGGAAAUCAAAAUUGAUAAACACGUCGCUCGUGUAUGGCUAGAAGAUCUGGAAAUUGACUGCUCAUAUGCUGUACUCAGAGACCGUGUUAGGGUUGUCCUUGAACGCGCUGUUGAGACGGUUGCGAGCAUGUGGACUGAGGAACUUAGCAUGCAAAGUAAACUUGUCACGAAUGGAAAUGGACAUGGAAAUGGCUUCGCAGGGGAUAAGUUUCUUGAGAAGAAGUUGGCUAUGAUUGAGGCGUGA